AUGGAGACCCUCCGCCCCGGGGGAAGGGCGAAGGGGACUGUCAGACUCUUACUGACUAAAAACCAACCCGUGUCCUCAAAGUACCCGUGCGUCGGAAGGGCGGGUAUCGCCGAAGCAUUCGUCACUACCCCCCGACGGGUAUUGGCUCGCCAGAUGGUCAGGCGGGCCCCGUCACUCACUGCGGCUGUCACCCCGGCCGCAGGACUCCACUAUGAGGCGCGCGCGCGGAACACGACGCCGCCGCCUCGAGGCCUGCUGCUGAUCGGACGACGAGACGCCCCGAGUCUGUCGUCCGCAGGCCACGCCCUAGGAAAGUGGCGACGGCACUCCACCCUGCCUCGCUCCGUAGCAUCGUUGAGACGACAGUCGGAAGCGAGAGGGUUCCCGCAGCACCUACGGCCGCGACGAGGUCACGGCGCUGCUCAGCCCAUGCUGGGCACUCCGCCAACGUGUGCAACGCCGUAUCGUCGCGACAAUCGCCACAAUGGUGGCACUGGGACGUCGGCUCCCGGCCUAUGCGACACAGGUACUUCCCGAAGCACCCGUGCCCGGCCCUCUGAUCCUACAUUGCUGCAAUGGUUGGUAACUACAAACGACGUUAAACAAUUAUGGGCAGCUCAACCGACUUUUUUGAUCUCACAGGCGGUCUACACCCUUGCGGGUGUUAUAACUUUGAUACACGCAUUCAGCAAGGGUGGGCGGUGGCCUUAUUUUUGGCUCGGGACCGUACUGCAUGGAAUUUAUGCGGACAAUUUCUGGCAUUUUGUUCUUCCCCAAUAUGACAACUUCUGGUAUUCGCAGGCGCCUAUCGUGUUCCUCGGUGCUCGUCUGCCCUUACACAUCAUUCUGUUAUAUCCAGCAUUCAUUUAUCAUGCCGCAUAUGCAGUGCAUAAACUGAAUUUACCAAGGUAUGCGCAACCGUUUGCCGUGGGCUUGAUAACAGUGUUAAUUGAUAUUCCAUAUGAUAUAGUAGCUGUUAAAUUCGUACAUUGGACAUGGCACGACACGGACCCGAAUAUCUUCGAUCGUCACUAUUGGGUGCCUUGGAAUUCCUAUUAUUUCCAUUGCACAUUUGCAUCUAGUUUCUACUUCUUCUUCGACUCGAGUAGAAGGUGGCUGGCGCCUCGAGUGGCGCAAUGGUCAUCCGCUACAAAAGGAGUCGAAUGGAAGUCUUUGUUGAUAGCGACACUAUUGGGCAUGCCUGGUGGUGUUCUAUUGUUUAUUCCUAUUUAUCAUUCACUUCAUGACGUGUACAAAAUACACUCUGAAGUUACUUUCUCUCUAUUAUUCUCUAUUUAUUUCGUCAUCGUCGUGUUAGGCCUUCUUAGUGACCGUGAGAAGAAUAAAGACAAGCUAACGAAGAUCGAUUAUGUAUUGAUAUUACAACUUGCCGUUCACUAUGUAAUUUAUUGGGUGUUUGUGGUGUUUUUCAACCCUGAGAAGGAAUGGUCUACAGGCUUACACGAGCCGGUCGGCCCUUGUAAUGAAGUGGCUUUGUUAACGUCACCCUUUGGACAGUCUUUGUACAAGUUUUAUAGGGGUCGAGACGCGACCACACCCGCUUGGUUGCAGGCGCAUCUAAGCGGGAUUCAUUUAUUCGUUUGUCUCCUCAUUUACGGGGGAGCAAACCUUUUCUGCGGGUCCGCUGAGUCGGGUUGGCCGAACAGCGGACGGAGGCAUGAUUCAGUGCCGCCGUCGGUGGGCUUGGCUUAA